GGGCUGCUCCACUGAGUCAUCCACUGUCAAAACUCAAAAUCACCUGUACUGCCAAAAUAUGCAGCGCUCAAGCUAGACCUGUAGCGACGUCGGCCCCCCUUCCAGUCAUCAGCAGUCAUCAGGAGCGCUGUUGCAAGUCCAUUGAGUCACCCGCGCAAAGCUCUCUGAGUGCAAUUGCUUUUAUUUUUUAUGGUCAGCCCUAUUUUGUCUUUUUAAUUUCCCUCUUUUAAUAGCCCGCAACGCCCCCGCGUCGCCCUCAUGCACAGGCUCGCUACGCGUCAUUGUUCCUACCAUUUUCUCUUCUCUGCGCCCAGCAAAGCACCGGCUGCUUGCGCCCGUUCCACCAGCAAACUAUUUUCUUCACAACCACCCCGCCUACUUCAACCCCGCCAUCGACACCUGCACACAACAAAUUCCUUCUCCCGCACACAACCACAGCCGACGACGACGGACAAAUCACACAUCGCCAUGGCUACACAAGCGUCGUUCGAUAACCUGGCCCAGCAGUUCCAGCACCUGCCUCUGCUCGACCGAUACCCCAACAGCUUCCCCGACAUCAACCCGGUCGACGUCUACCGAAGUCACAUUACAUCAAUCCUCCAUGAUAUCACCGGUGUAGACCCCAGCAUCAUCUACCCGGCUCUGCAAUGGACUGCAACGCUCGACAAGGGCGAUCUUAUGCUCGCCAUUCCUGCUCUUCGUGUUAAGGGUAAGCCUGAUGAGCUGGGCAAGCAAUGGCUCGAAAAGUGGCCCGAAUCCCCCCUCGUCGAAAAGCCCAUCCAGAGCGGUCCCUUCCUGCCUUUCUUCUUCAAGGCUGGUCCUCUCUCCAAGACUGUUAUCCCCAUGGUGCUCGACCGAAAAGAUACCUUUGGCGAGAACAAGUCUCUUGGCCUUCGUGAUAUGAACGAUCCUUCCAAGGGUCAGCAGCGCAUCAUUGUCGAGUUCUCGAGCCCCAAUAUUGCCAAGCCCUUCCACGCCGGUCACUUGCGAAGCACAAUCAUUGGUGGUUUCCUCGCCAACCUCUACCGCGCUGUUGGCUGGGAUGUCAUCUCCAUUAACUACCUCGGUGAUUGGGGUAAGCAGUACGGUGUCCUAGCGUAUGGCUUUGGAAAAUACGGUAGUGAGGAAGAACUCGUCAAGGAUCCCAUUAACCAUCUUUUCCAUGUCUACGUCAAGGUCAGCAAGGACGUCGCCGAAGAAAAGGAGCAGGCCGAAAAGCUCAAGGCUGAGGGUAAGGAAGAGGAAGCCCAGAAACUCCUUGAUGAAGGCACCGAUGAGAAGGCUCGUAGCUAUUUCAAGAAGAUGACUGAAGGCGACGAGGAAGCCCUCGCUCUGUGGAAGCGUUUCCGUGACUACAGUAUCGAGCGUUACAAGAAGACAUACGCUCGUCUCAACAUCCACUUCGAUGAAUACUCUGGCGAGAGCAAGGUUUCCGAGGAUGAAAUGCAGGAGGCUGCCGCCAAGCUCAAGGAGAUGGGUCUUGCUCAUGACGACAAGGGCGCCCUCCUUAUUGAUUUCACGCAGGCUGUUCCUGGCAAGGAAGGCAAGUCCCUUGGCAAGGCCAUCCUCCGUAAGCGCGACGGUACCGCUUUGUACCUGACCCGUGAUAUUUCUGAACUCCUCGCUCGUCACGAGAAGUACAAGUUUGACAAGAUGGUAUAUGUGAUUGCUUCUGAGCAAGACCUUCAUGUCAAGCAGUUUUUCAAAAUUGUUAGCCUCAUGGGCCAGAAGGAGAUUGCCGACAAGUGCCAGCACGUCAACUUCGGUCUUAUCCUUGGUAUGAGCACCCGAAAGGGAACUGUCAAGUUCCUUGACGAUAUUCUCCGUGAUGUCGGCGACCACAUGCACGAUGUCAUGAAGACAAACGAAGAUAAGUACAGCCAAGUUGAAGAUCCCGCCAAGGUCUCCGAUCUCUUGGGUAUUUCAUCUGUCAUGGUCCAGGAUAUGACUGGCAAGCGUAUCAACAACUACACUUUCGAUUUGGCUCGCAUGACUUCUUUUGAGGGCGACACCGGACCUUACCUCCAGUAUGCCCACGCUCGUCUGUGCUCCAUCACCCGCAAGGCUGGCUUGACCGACGAGGAGAUUGCCGGCGCUGAUCUCUCGCUGCUUACCGAGGACAUGGCCAUCAACCUUGUCCGUGUCAUCAGCCAGUGGCCUGACGUGGUUCAGAACGUCCUCAAGACGCUCGAGCCUACCACCGUCCUGACAUAUCUCUUCAAGCUUACUCACACCCUAAGCACCAGCUACAACCACCUCCGUAUUGUCGGUAGCGAAGCUGAAGUCAUGAAGGCCCGUAUGGCCCUCUACUCUGCCGCCCGCGUGGUCCUGCACAACGGCAUGUCGCUACUUGGUCUAUCCCCUGUGGAACGAAUGUAAAGGAAAAAGAAAAGCUUAUGAGAAAGGAGCAUGCCAGUCAUGAUAUGAUUAGAGCCUAGUGGCUGUAGAUGUUAAAGAUCGCUUUUUAACAAAAAGAAACUACCAAGACACCGUUUCUCCGCGUUACCGCUGUUGUACUUUCCAGGUUUCAAAAUCAAAUCCCAGUUGUUUCAACGUUGUGACUUCGCGCCUCCUCUCACCAAGAGCCCUCAUGGCCAGUUUUAUGUUCAGUGUCAUUAGCCGUAUCCAUGACAUUUCCUCAUCCCAGUAGAUCGGCAAUUUCCCCAUACCAUUAUUCUCGAGACCCAAUUCAGACCGAGGUGUCGCCUUACUACACAUGUCGUAAAACAUGUUAGUAUACGCUAUGUUCCCUGGUGUUCCCAGCAAGUGUCGGGCUUUUGCGUCACCCUUCGCGGCGCGCAGAUUAUUCACCCAUUGAUCCAUUUCAUCUGUAGAUGGAGUUUCCAAUCGUCCUGACCAAAUCCUUGCUAUAACUGCAGCUUGGCCUUCUCCAAAAGGAAAAGGGGCAAUCUGCUGUGGUAUACAGAGAAAUGCCAAUGUUGGGUCUUUUGUAUAUAUCAUGUGGUGCCACAGAUGAUCGGCGUAUGCGCCGGACGGUACGAAGACCGGGUUAACAGAUUGCUUUAGAAACGGAAAUAUAUAGUGGUAACCAGUGCAGAAUAUGACUGAGUCAAUGUCAUGUUCAACGUGGCCGUUGGAAAAGCGAACUCCGCGGUGAGCGGGGAGAAACUCUUCGAUUUGGGGGAAGCGUGUAGACCAGCUAUUGCUAGAUUCUGAAUUGAACGCAUAUUCAUCAUCUUUGAUUGAAAUAAUCACAGGCAGUGCUGCAUGCUCUGAUAUUUGGUUGCUUAUGUCGAUGGCGGAGGCAGAGUUUCCAACAACAAUGACUUUCUAUGCA